AGAAAUAUACUUCGUUCUGUUUUUUUCACUUAGCAAGGGAUGGUUUUGUCCAGCUAGUUGUACUGUUUUAAAGGUUUUUGCCUCCCUAGGACUUACAUCAGAAGAAUACGGGUAGCAGACAGAAUCACAUGGACAUUUACACAUUUCAAGGAGCAGACAUGGACAAGUUUUAUUUCCUGGAUCAUAUCUGAGAUUUACACAAGAGGAUCUGGCUGUGGACGUCUUUGAGGGCUGACAGCUUCUCCUGAGUACUUCUCAAAGGGCUAGAAGGAACCUGUUGGUUUGUCAGAUUUUACGCUGCACCAUCAAUCACGCACCAGUAGAGGGCCCAGUGUGACAACAUAUGAGUACUGCUAUUUUUUAUUUGUAGUAACAAAAUUGUUGCUGUAUUAUCUUUUUGAUAUUUUUCAAAGUGAACUCUUCCGUAUGAUAAUCAAGCACUUCUUCCUUUAAUGUGUGACUUUUUUUUUUGUUAGUCUUAAAGCACUGAGAAGUCUGAUAUGAGAGUUGUGUUUUUGGCACACUCCAGCACAUUGUAAUCCACCUUGAACCGAAACACGUCUCAGGUGCAACAGGAAGAAAACACUAUCAUGAUUAAAUAUUAACCACAGGUAUGAGACCCAACCUGAUCAGCUGACCUAGACAAAAGAAGCUGUUUGCAGGAAAUAAAAAACGACCUGGUCGCUCUUUUGUUGGGAACACCUUUGACAAAGAGAAAUGCAGGCAGUAGAGCUCUAAGCUGGCUGUUUAGUAUACAAUACUCAGUGUCAAGGAUGGCAAAAAUGAUGAAAAACGUCUUCAUAUUUCUGGCAGCUUUUGUUUUCCUCAGCCUGGCAUCUUUUGCUGCGGUUUUAUUCUACAGCCAAGACGGCUUUUUGACUUUUUUCACAAAGCCAUAUCCUGUGGAAAAUGGAAACAACUCAUUUUUCUGGAGGGUAAAAGAUGUUCAGCACGUGUUGGCAAAGGAGACUGAAGCCCCAAAAGUCAGCAAAGAAAUGAUGCAGAAGCCAACCCCUACGAAGAAGCCUUUGGCACCCUGUCCUGAUCAGUCUCCGAAACUUGUGGGUCCUCUCCGAGUGGAAUUUAACUUUAGUCUGACUUUGGAAGAGGUGAAAAAUAAGAUUAGUCCUUUUCUUCAGGAGGGAGGACGGUACAAGCCACCAGAUUGUACCGCACUACAGAAGGUGGCAAUUAUUAUCCCAUUCCGAAACCGAGACGAGCACCUGAAACACUGGCUUUACUUCCUCCAUCCUAUAUUGAUGCGGCAGCAGUUGGACUACGGUGUGUAUGUCAUCAACCAGGAUGGAGAUGGAGUGUUCAACCGGGCUAAGCUGAUGAAUGCAGGAUAUUUGGAAGUCCUGAAGGAAUAUGAUUACGAUUGCUUUGUCUUCUCUGACGUAGACCUGGUUCCCCUAGAUGACCGCAACAUCUACAGAUGUUUUAACAGUCCAAGGCACUUGGCGGUGGCUAUGGACAAAUUUAACUUCCACUUACCCUACACCACCUACUUCGGUGGGGUCUCUUCAUUUUUCAAGGAUCAAUUCUUGAAAAUUAAUGGCUUCCCCAACUCUUACUGGGGCUGGGGUGGUGAGGACGACGAUAUCUAUAAACGAGUCAUAUUCCGUGGGAUGACCGUUUCUCGGCCUGACACUGUAACUGGAAAGUACAGGAUGAUCAAACAUAACCGAGACUUGCACAAUGAGCCCAAUCCAAAGAAUCCUGACAAACUGAGACAUACCCAGCGGACCAUGGAUAAAGAUGGGAUUAAUUCCGUUGCAUACACUGUCAAGGAGACUGUGAAGCAUGCAUUGUACACUUUUAUCACUGUGGACAUUAAAGCUCCAGCAAGCUAAACCAGGAUGCAACCUGUGGAUCCUGAACCGCUGUUCCUUAUUGAUUCAUUUAUGUUUCAGUCUCAGAACUCAAAAAAAAGUGGGUGGUACUCUGUUUGGUGGGUCUUUGGUAAAAUUCUACAAUUUCAUUUUGCAGACGCUUUUAUCCAAAGCAACUUACAUCUGAGAGUAGAUACAACACAAAGAAGGAUCAAGUCAGGAGAAAACAAUCCGAGUAAGUGCCACACAGCAAGUUCAAGUAUGAUAGGGCGUUGACGCCAACAGCAGGCAGAGUGGGAAGUCAUAGGAAUUUUUCUUUUGUUUGUUUGUUUGUUUUUGUUUUCAGUCUGUCAAGUGCAAAGGUAUUCAGUGAAGACAAUGAAGUCGCUGAUUGAGUGACGACAGUUGUGUGUCUUGGUGUAAGCUUAUGUUGGACACCGAGUGAACAUACGGUAUCGUGAAUGUACAUUUUAUGACAAUGACAAACAUAGGUUUAGUUUAACUCUUAUUUGCUUUAGCACAGUCUUUAAAUGACAAUCAUUUUUGUCCAAAUGUGAAAAAUUCUUCAUCCGUAACUAAUGCUCUCACAGUUCUGACUGAAUUGGGAGAAAAAAAGUUUAGAACUACAUUUGGAAUUAAAUGAAUUUGACAGAGACACAACAGUCUGCUUGUAGAGAUGGAAACAUGUGAACUAAUAUUUGGACUUUUACUCCUGUAUGGUACUUGAAUACAAUUUUAAGGCACUUUGAGGUAAAAUAGAAGACUUUAUCAAAGAUUAAACCAGUGGUUUGUAACCUUUUUGGCUUCUGACAUCUUAAAAUAAAGCAGUGUGUCGUCAGAGUGUUCAGAUGUCUAAGAGUUGUCACCAGCGCCACCAACGCCUCACAUGGUUUUAUUUCAGUAAAUGUUAAAAUUAUCCAGUGUCUAACCGAGAAACAUAUAAAAGAAAGAGUUCAAAAACUUCAGAUUUGUGAGUCAGAACUUUACCAUCAUUUAGAAGAACAUAUUGAUCUGGUCACAGAAGUAUUAAGGCCUACCACUUUAAGGAGGUACAGCAUUUCAGAAUGUGUGACUGGUAAAGGACUUCUGUGUCUUGUUUUACAUUUACUUUUAGAAAUAAUUUCUCUAAUCUAGUUAUAUUGCUACUAAGGACAACAGAUAUGCUGGGCGUCUAAAGAAAUGCAACAGCUUUUAUAUUUUUAUUGUCAUUGCUGUUGUAAAUAUGGGCCACACAGGAAAGGUACGAUGACAGUGAGAAACCUGUUGUUCUGUUUUUUGUUGAAAGUUGUUUUUAUUGUUAUUUUACUGCUUUUAACUGUUGUGGGUUAGAAAUAGUAAUGGGACAAUGAUUUUUGUGGCAGUAAUGCAGUGAUUUGUGUAUAUUUUUAUUCUUUUUUUUUUUUUUUUGAAGGAAGGAUUCACUGCUUAUAUUUAUUUACAGUCUUUUGUCAUGCAAAAGCAGCAUUCUGCACAGUAACCACAUAUGUGAUGAUGUCUUGUGUUCAGAAACAUUUUUUUAAAUGUAUUUAAAAAGAAUCAUACUGAACUUUGUCUUCCACUGUCCAGAACUAAGCUUGCCAGUGAACAUCAAAACUAAACAAUUAUGCCAGAAGCACACUGUGAAUGAGCAACAAGCUGCGUGCGUACAUUUAUUCAGUGGAUUUGUGAUUCAAGCCAAAAUGUAACAACUAUUAUUUGCUAUCUCAUCA